AUGCUCUGUAAACACACUGCCUGGCUGCGCCUGGUAAAGGAGAAUAAUGAAUACGCUGUGCAGGUAACGGAUCGUCCUCGGAGAGUGUUUGGGAGGGCGGAGGACCACUUGGCACGUGAUGCACCGGAGCUUGUUUUUAUGCUGGGCAAUUGGCGCAAGGUGGCUGCGCUCCGCGAAUUAGCUGUAGAGCGGCGUGUCUACUCAAGAAUAGACGGAGAGGUCCAUCUCCUCGCGGGUUCGCUGAGCGGACAUGUUGGCAGGUCACUUCUCGUCGCAGAAACCGAUGUUGGUUUCCGAAACAAAGUAUCGCGCGGAACCGCUUUCUCGCGGUGCCACGAGCUCACCCGUCGCGGCCUAGCACCCGCCGCGCAUCGGGCGAGCGACGAGAGCGUGAUGAAUUGGAUGAUCAAUCGGCUUGUACUCCCCUUCGCCGGCGUUGUAUGCGUAUUCAUCAGCGAUUUGGGCGGCAUCAGGGGCGUCGCCCGACACCUUGACUUAUGGCUCGAGAACGGGUUACCGUCGGACAGUCCUGUCCUGCCGUGGCUGCUUCUCGUAGACGAUGGUUCAGAAAAGAGGUCGAAAGAUCUAAUCCUAAAGGAUUUGUAUCGUUUUAUGAGAGGAGCUGCGCCAGACGAGCAUGGGACGCCCACCAUAGCCGUGGAGCUUAUGACGCGCUUUGCUGGCAUCCGCGUCGCCAGCCUCAACACCGCUGCUCACGCGCGGAAACAACCGCAGUGGGACGAGUUCCGCGAUGAGUUGGCAGAUCUUGUAGACAAAGCGCGGGAAAACCGCACAAGAGAGUGGCAUUUGUACACGGGCGAGCAUCUUUGCGAGCUGAUGAACCACACAGCAGGCCUAAUUUCGUUACCGUCAGCACCGGCGCCGCUCGAUUUCGUGUCUGUGACACGGAGCCGGCGUCCAGUGCCCGGUCAUCUCGAGUCGGUCUUGUCUGACUUUUUAGGCUGUAUUGACUCUUUUGAGCUCUUGCUUUCAUUUGCCGUUCCCGUUAUAGCCUCGAGCAUCAUCUUCGAUCACUAUAUGACGAGGAUGCACGGUGUGUUGCAGACCGUCAUGUAG